AUGGACGACGAUCGCAUCAAGAUCGAGACUCACACGUAUAAUCCUUAUGCUAAUACAACGUUUGGAAAUAGCGACGAAAUACGAAUUCCUAUACAACAACAAGAUCUGUACACGUUACCGUGCGAGAGUUUUCUGUACAUCGAGGGCAGACUCGAGUCGAAGAAAUCGUCGAGCGCGGAGGAAGAAAGCGCGUUGACGACGAGAUUGGUGAACAAUUGCGCGGCGUUUAUGUUCGAGGAGAUUCGCUACGAACUCGAUGGCGUAGAGAUCGAUCGAAAUAGAAACGUCGGAAUAACGAGUACGAUCAAGAAUUAUGUGUCGCUGACGACCGAGAGAAGCAGUAUAUUACAAAACGCUGGAUGGGACUUCCCGACGACGCUUCAUUGGCCGAUCGGUGAUUUCAACUUUUGCGUACCACUCAACGUGUUGCUAGGUUUUUGCGAGGAUUACAAACGCGUCGUGAUCAACGCGCGACACGAACUCAUUCUGAUACGAGCGCGCAACGAUAACAAUUGCCUUAUAUCGCGCGAAACGUACGAACCUAAGAUCAUCUUAUUGAAGAUACAGUGGCGAAUGCCACAUAUAGUGCUAAAUGACGUUAAUAAAUUGGCGCUAUUACGCACGUUAGACAGCGGACGGUAUCUAAGCAUCGCUUUUCGUUCGUGGGACCUCUACGAGUUUCCGCUUCUGCAAAGCACGACCAAACACUCGUGGGCGGUCAAAGCGGCGACGCAGCUCGAGAAACCGCAAUACGUUAUCUUCGCGCUACAGUCCGGAAGGAAGAAUGUUCUAUCUCAGGAGAUUUCUCAAUUCGACGAUUGUAAACUAACCAACGUCAAGCUAUAUCUUAAUUCUGAUUUUUAUCCCUAUGACGAUAUGAAUCUGGAUUUCGAAAAGCAUAAAGUUGCCGUGCUGUACGAUAUGUACUCGAAAUUUCGGAGAACGUACUACGGAUGCGAUAACGAUGAGACGCUCUUAAAUCUAAACAAAUUUCUAACCCACGGUCCGCUCGUGGUCAUCGACUGUUCUCGACAGAACGAAUCGAUCAAGAGCGCCACUGUGGACGUUCGCGUAGAAUUCGACUGUAAAGAGAACGUUCCCUCUAAUACCACAGCCUACUGUCUCAUUAUUCAUGAUCGAGUGGUGGAAUACAAUCCGCUUACCAACGUUGUACGCAGAAUCGUAUAG